AUGAAGGGAGGGCGGCGGAGAUGGGGAGUGAGGCAGUACAACCGGUCGGAGGCGCCACGACUGCGGUGGACGGAGGAACUCCACGGCCGCUUCGUGGAGGCUGUACACCGCCUCGGUGGCCAUGAGAGUAAGCUCCUCCCAUGGAGAGAAGAGAAACUAUCCCUCCCCCCUUCCUUCUUCUCUUCUCUUCCUUCUCUCUCCCUCUCUCUCCCUCUCUCUCCCUCUCUCUCCCUCUCUCUCCCUCUCUCUCCCUCUCUCUCCCUCUCUCUCCCUCUCUCUCUCUCUAUCCAUCCAUCCAUCUAUCUAUCUAUCUAUCUAUCUAUCUAUCUAUCUAUCUAUCGAUCUAUCUAUCUUUCUUUCUAUCCAUCGAUCCACCUACCUUUCUCUUUACCUAUAUAUCGAUACUAUUCCAUUCUAGGAUGGUCUACCAGAACUAUAUAUCUAUCUUCAAUCUUUCUAACCCUCUCUCUCUAUAUAUAUCUCGAUAUCUAUCCAUCUAUCUAUGUGUCUAUGUUCCUCUGGAUCUAUAUCCAAUCAUUUACGUUCCAUCUAUCAAUCUAUCUAUAAAUAUCUCACUAAUCAUAUCUUUAACUAUAUCCUUCAGAAAAAGAAUUCGUCCCCAUUGAUUCAGGGACUCCGUAGAGGAAGCUGAUUUGGAGAACGACAAUCCAACGAGGAACAUUUGCAAUCGGAUUUCACUCGUUCAACAAGGGAGGAGAGACCCUCGCAGCUUAAUCAAAUCAACACCUAGACCAAUAAACACGACCAAACUAGACCCUGGGUGCCUUUCGAGCCCUCUUCCUCCACUCCUUUCAUCUCUCCGACGAACAAGUCGUCUUACUUCGUAGAUCUUGUGUUUCCUUCGUGUAUAAUGACGGAAAAAGUCUUUUAAUUAUUCAUUCAGUUAUGCAUAUAUUGAUGAUCUGGAUCAUCAUCUUCUAUCGCCACAUGUAUUGCUCAUUCGUAUGGCCUUGAUCUUCUUUCUUGCAGAGGCAACGCCGAAGAGGAUCCUACAGCUGAUGAAAGAGAAAGGAGUGACCAUAUCUCAUGUCAAAAGCCAUCUACAGGUACUCCUGCCGUGUAACCUUUAGUGGCAAAGUGGACCCGGGGAUGGAGAGAUACAGGCUGGGAAUCAUUCUAUUUUCUAGGGUUUCGUCCAGCAUGCGAUUUUGACCAAUAAGAAGCUCACCAGAGGUUACACCAACGUUCUGAUCGAUAUCCUUACAACCUAAUCUAGAGGCUUUCUGCCCUUUUUGUUGACAGGGUUUCCAUUCUAUGGAUUGCCGGCGUUCAUGUGUAAAGAAUAUGAAAAACAAUAGCAUUUUUCUAGGGGCCAAACUAAGAAAUAAAAGAAACAAGAUCUCGCUUUGCUCCUUAGGAAAUGAAAAGAUAUUCACUUGAAAACUAGAAGCAUCACUUAAGGCGUGAAUGAUGAUGAAUGCACAAAUAAGCUAUAGGUUGGGACUCUAACUAUGCACCUUAUAAAAUGUAUGCUAAUCUUUGAGAAGUGGGUAGACAACAAAUGGAUAAUUUGGCCUACUAGAACACCAUCAUUUCUCGUUACCAUAGUUUUUUUUAUUAUGAUGGGGUUGUAAGAUCUAGUUUUCUCAUGUGAGAGGCAACUUGUGUCAUGGUAUGGACCUUUCUUCACAUUUUCGUUAUAAAAUGAUCAUGAAAUCCACCUACGUCAAGUUUACUAUUAAUCCCUUAGCCCAAGAUCUAAGAACAAGAUAUUCAUGCGAUCACAAGAGCUAUAGGAUCAUGCUGUUCUCUUUUGACGAUGAUGAUGACGAUAACGAUUCAGAUACUAAUAGACGUUUGUUCGUACUUCAUUUCAAGAAAAGUUAGCACUAAAUGUGUCACCAUCCUUAGAGCCUCGUCUUCUUUUCUCCUGCAUCUGUCAGAGUGAGUAUGCUAAUAUAUGGUACCCAUCCAGUAGAUGCCUUAGCAUCAUUUACAAGUCAUAUCAUUCUUCCAUAUUAUUAUUAUAUGCUCAUAAAUUCCAGUUCGGUUAACAGAUGUACAGGAACACGAACAAUCCUGGGGAUGUUCACUUCCUUCUACCUAACAAGCGUACACGAGGAAAUAAAGGGUUCAAAUCCAAGGGCACUGUUCCUUAUGUCCGAUCAAGUUCUGAGCCACCAAACCCAGUUUUAAACUCAAGUCAAGAAUGCUCUUCCCAAGGGUAUUAA